CAUGACGUCAUCGAUCAUGGACGUAAAUUUGAGCACUUCUGUGGCUGCAGCGCAGCGAGCCCCUCCCCCUUUCAGUCACGUGAAAACUUCUGCAAAGCUAGAAGAGCUAGCUAGCUACAGAGAUGGACUACAAAUGGAAGCCACGGUCGCGGAAUUAUGAGCUUGAGAGGAGGCGCUUGGCAGUGGAACUGGAAGACUCCACCACUGACCACCCUCUCCAGACAGUCAUUGCUACGCUAGUUGAGACAAAGACGUCCAAAUCCUCUAAAGAGACGAAAAAACCUGAGACGAUCAUUGACCCCCUAGCAGGGGGCGUGGUAGAUGACCCUCUCUCCGUGACCUCUGACCCCCUCUCCUUGGUGCUACUGGACCCACUUUCUCGAGCAGCUGCAGAGAAAACAAGCGCAAAGAAGGAAGUAAAGGCUGUUAUGGAAACUGAUGUGACCUUUGAACCUUGGAGCUCCAAGCGUACGACUAUCCUAGGAUCCUAUACCACCUCGGAUCGAAUCCCUAUUACCACGAGCUUUCUAUCGAGCGACGAGAGAGCAAAAUUGGAGACGAGAGCUCAGGCUGCUAGUGGUGACAAGGUUAAGGCUCGUCUAGAGCAGCUGGACGAUAUGGAGGAUGGUUCUGUCAAGGAGACUCUCAAUCUGAGCCAGAAUGAAUAUGUCAAGAAGAUAGACAACCUCAACAAGACUCUCGACAAUGCAUGGGACAAGGAUCAGAGAGUCAAGGCUCUCAAGAUAGCCAUCCAGUGCUCCAAGCUGCUAGUGGACACCUCAGUGAUACAGUUCUACCCCAGCAAGUUCGUACUCAUCACUGACAUACUGGACAACUUUGGGUUCCUGGUUUAUGAUCGUAUCCGCAGAAAGUCCAUGAUCACGCCCUCUGGUGCACUCAAGCCCGUCAUGUUGCCAGAGGACUUCACGUCUGAUCAGGUACCGGAAUCGGGCAAAGAGACGUGUCGGAACUGGUUCUUCAAGAUUGCCUCCAUCCGAGAGCUCAUUCCACGAUUCUACGUGGAGGCGGCCAUCUUGAAGUGCUACAGCUACCUCACUGACCAGGAGUAUACCCAGGCCCUCAUUCGACUCACCAACAUGAUACGUGGCAUUGGGGACCCUCUAGUGGCGUGUUAUGCUCGAGCCUACCUCUGUAGGGUUGGCAUGUCCUUGGCUCCGGAGAUCAAGACACACCUCCUGCCUAACUUCACUGACUACCUAGCUACUCUCUCUCAGAUGAAUAGUGACAAGGUUCAGGACAUCCUGGCCAUACAAAGCCUUGACCUACCGCGGUAUCACCUCCUCUUUGUGCCAGGUGUGGAGUGGAUACUACAGUGUAUUGCUCACAAAGCCUCUGAUAGUAUUCUACAGAAGGCCCUGGAGAGCAUCAAAGAUGGUGCCGUCAUCUCCCUCGUGGUGAACGCAGUGCUCAACAACUUCAGACCAGAGUACAUCUCCUCUCGUGCUCUCAUGUUUGCUGACAUGAUACGAGACUGUGAGGAGAUAGGCAUGCCAAAGUACAAGCUGUACGUGUCCCUGGGUCACUGUGUGGUGAGUGCUGAUCCGCCCCAGGACGACAAGAAGACCCUCCUCAAUAAUGUCUGGAAAAUUGUGUCCAAAAUCACGAACCCUGCCGAGUACAUUGCUUGCACUCAAAUCUGGAUAGAGUUUGUGGCUAAGACCUUCACGAAACGUGAGGUCAACUUCUUGUUGGAUGAUGUCAUCAAACACAUGACCCCAGAGAGAGCGUUUGAGCGCCACUAUCCAGAACUGGUUUCUGUAGUUAACAGAGUUGUGGGUCAUAUGAAAGACUUCGCUGUUCUGUUCGCUAUGGACAAGUUUCUGCCGUUCAUCGAUCUCUUCCAGAAGGAGAGUGUGAAAGUGGAGGUGUGCAAAACUGUCAUCAACGCCUUUGUAGUGAACCAGAGUGGGAACAUCAGUGAUCCUAUGGUCAUGAACGCAGUCAUGUACCUCUGCAAGACACUCCAUGACUCACUCAAUGCUCUAAGCCUGGCUGACGAGCGGAAGCAGUCCAGUCAGCUCAUCUGUGGCUUCAUCGAGAAGAUCUCAUUUGGGCAAGAUUUUGAGCAGCAGUUGAGCUUCUUUGUGGAGACCAGAGCCACUUUCUGUAACCUUGACUACGUUCUCAUCUACCUCAUCCACAGGGUGAACUUCCUUGCCAUGGAGACCCGACGCCUGGUGAAGGGCAACCACACUCGCAAGACAGCUGCGUUUGUGAGAGCAUGUGCAGCGUACACAUUCAUCACUAUCCCGUCUCUGGAGGAUGUGCUACAGAAACUCAGUCUUUACCUCCUCUGUGGACGCGUUGCCGUUGCCAACGGAGCGCUAUCACAGGGAGACUCAUUUUUCAAGUCUGCCAUUGGCUCUCUGAAAGAAGUGCCUCAGAUAAUGGAGCUGGACCACAAGAGACAGUCCACUGAGCCUAUCAUCACCUCCUAUCUCAGCAACUUUGUCGCCACUCUCCUCGUCAUCCCGGACAAUCCUGACAAUGAAGUGCUGUAUCUGAUCAGACGAUUUCUCAACGGUAUACAAGAGUAUCCAUGGAGCGAAAAAUCUGACUUCAAGAUGAAGGUGUACAUGAACACUACCUCUCUCCUCUCGGCUGCUUGUCAGGACCGCUACCUCUAUACCGUCGUCAAGGUGGACUCCAAUGACAACCUGUACGCUGGAGACCCCAAGUUUGUGGGUGAAGUGUCUCUGCUCAUCAACACUGUCCUCUCACUUCUCCUGGAGCACAUGAAGACACUCUCUGCCUCAGAGGAGUAUCGAAAGCGUUUGGCUUUGCUCUCCCUGGGGCUAUUUGCUCGUCUGGUUGUCCACGCCGACCUCUCUGAUGGCUCAGGGAUUCUGCCCCUCCUCGUUAACCUUUGGACCCAGGCUCAGCGGCACAAGAUCCUAGACAAGAAGCUAUUGGAGGGCAUUCACAGAUCGGUCAGCUGUCGCAGUGAUCAGCAGUUCAAGAACUUAGUCCCUCAACUCACUGCAGUCUAGAUAGUGUCUAGAUGAUGUUUGUACUGUCUUUGUUGAGGACAAAACAGUUUGUGUUUAGUAUAUUAUUGUGUUCUAUUUGUUCACUUUUGAUGAUAUAAAUUGUCUAAAUUUACAGUUA